AUGACUGUCACGUACUCCAGUAAAGUAGCAAAUGCGACUUUUUUUGGAUUUCAUAGGUUACUCCUCAAGUGGAGAGGCAGCAUCUACAAACUACUGUACAGGGAAUUUAUUGUCUUUGCUGUUUUUUACACGGCAAUAAGUUUGGUGUACAGAUUGUUACUUACAGGAGCCCAAAAACGUUACUUUGAAAAAUUAUCAAUUUACUGUGACAGAUAUGCUGAACAAAUUCCAGUAACCUUUGUGCUUGGGUUUUAUGUUACUCUGGUAGUGAACCGAUGGUGGAACCAGUUUGUGAACCUGCCCUGGCCAGACAGGCUGAUGUUCCUCAUCUCCAGCAGUGUUCACGGAAGCGACGAACACGGGCGCCUGCUCAGAAGGACCCUGAUGCGCUAUGUGAAUCUCACGUCCCUGCUCAUCUUCCGCUCGGUGAGCACGGCUGUGUACAAAAGGUUCCCUACGAUGGACCAUGUGGUUGAAGCAGGUUUUAUGACGGCAGAUGAAAGAAAAUUAUUUGACCACCUCAAAUCUCCUCAUCUGAAAUAUUGGGUUCCAUUCAUCUGGUUUGGAAAUCUUGCAGCUAAAGCCCGGAAGGAAGGUAGAAUCAGAGACAGUGUUGAUCUGCAAUCACUGAUGACUGAAAUGAACAGAUACCGCUCUUGGUGCAGCCUCUUAUUUGGUUAUGACUGGGUUGGGAUUCCGCUGGUUUACACCCAGGUUGUCACUCUGGCUGUCUACACCUUCUUCUUUGCCUGCCUGAUUGGACGCCAGUUUUUGGAUCCCACCAAAGGCUACGCGGGGCAUGACUUAGAUCUUUACAUUCCAAUCUUCACUCUCCUACAGUUCUUCUUCUAUGCAGGAUGGCUCAAGGUAGCUGAGCAGCUUAUCAACCCUUUUGGAGAAGAUGAUGAUGAUUUCGAAACCAACUGGUGCAUUGACAGAAAUCUGCAGAUAAGGAAAGAACUUCAACUUGGCUACUUGCUUCAGGCCCUUGCUCAGUUCUUAAGUUACACCAACAUCCUGCUGCCCCGACACUCCCCUCUGUGUCACACAAAGCGCACCUGGCAUUGUGAAGGCAUCUUGUCACCAGGGCUGUCGAUAGGAACAUUGGAACCAGGGCGGACCAAGCACUGUUGCUCCCGGAGCUGGUGUGAGCAUUUGCGGUUUAAAGGCAAGGCUUUAAGUAGCUCCUCUUUGAACCCCAUUAAGACCACAAAUCCACCGACACAUGAGACAACCAUACUGUCCGGGUCAGAUCUCCCUGGUGAGGAGUGGCUGUGGAGUUUCGAGAAGCACGGCCAGCGCCAUUCCAUGAUUAGAAGAGUCAAGAGGUUCCUGAGUGCCCACGAACACCCCGCCAGCCCCAGGAGGAGAAGCUAUGGCAGGCAGGCCAGCGACAGCUCCAUGUUCUUCCCCCCAAGUGGCGACGUCAGCCCAGCCAGAGAUCUGCUGGAUGUGCCCUCGAGAAGCCCCCACCGUGCCUCACCCGCCCAAAGGCAACCCUGCUCCCCAGAGGGGAACCCCAAAGCGUACUCCAGCCUGGGGGAGCUGUCCACGAUCAGGGAGACCAGCCGGACAAGCACUUUGCAGAGCCUGACUCCACAGUCGAGCGUGAGGGUCUCCCCCACCAAAAUGCCGCAGGUCCCCGAGGUACUGAUCACAGUGACCGAGGCACCAGUGCCCACAUCACGUGACUCCACUGCCUCCAUCCAGAGCGCAGAGUUUACAGGGGUUGAGCCAAGCAGGACUGGACAGCAGGAGGUGCCUGUGGGAUUGAUUGCAUUCCCCUCAGAGAAAGGGACACCUCCUAGGGACCCCAGUCCUCAGACUAGUUCAGCCAAAGAUGAGAGAAACAUCCUCACGUUAGCCUCUGGGGAAGACCCUAAUGAUAAUGACAAGUUCCCCAAACGGUGGAGCCUCCCCGGUUUCCUGGCAUCCAGCCACGCCUCCCUGACAGGCCUAAGUCCAGAUCCCAUCAGUUCUGAGCCCGUUCUUUCACUUGACACAGAAACAUCCUCAGAGACCAGUGGAAUCAACAUUGUGGCUGGCUCGCGAGCCUCUCCUGAUGUGCUAUACUUACUGGAAAACCUGGACACCAAGGAAACAGACAUCGUAGAUUUUAAUAAUGAGAAAGCUGAGGCAUCACCCAACGGAAUACCAGAAAGGUCUAGGACCUGGUUCUAG